GGUGUGCGGCGGGCAGGGCAGGACGAGCACAGUGCCAAGCAACGCGUGACCUUGAGGCAAUGAACUUCGUGAGGUGGACGCCAAAACAGAGAUUCUUCCUCCGUAUGCAAAGUUAUUUCUCGUUUUCGCCUUUCUCGUUUUCGCCCUUACCCUUAGCUAUGUCUCUUUUCUGCUCUUUUUUUAACAUCUAUCCUCUGUCCUUUUUUUAACCUCUAUCCUCUGUUAGUCUUUCCCUUUACCUGUUAUUUUUCGUCUUACAUUCAUCCCUUCCUUAAACUGUCCCAUUUUUUAGCCGUACUCCUUCGUUCUUGCCCUUCCUCCCUUCCUUGCCUAUAUCCUCGUUUUUCACCCUUUUUCUCGCCUCUCCCUCGUCCUUUCUCUUGCGAUCUUCCUGCGCCUAUUCCUUCUUCCUUGCCUUUUCAAUCUUUAAAUCUCACGUCAUCCUGUGCGAGUCUCCGUUAUCUGCAUCGGGGAAAAAGAGAAAGGAAGAGAGAGCCAUAUAUGUAAAGAAAGUCCUCUCCCUCCCCUUUCUACCCUUAUCCUCUGCCAUAGCACCACGCCAGUAUUGUCUCUUAGCAUCAUAACUUCGCGCAGUCCAGGCCUCGGUGACUAUUUGGGAGAGGAGCCGGAAAGGAAAGCGAAAGAGAAGCAGAAGGGCAAAAAGAACAUAUGUAUUGAAAUCGCAGAGGAAGGAAGGUGAAUCUUUGUCUUUCUCACAUCAUGAUAUCGUACUUAACGUUUAAGCCUCGCCUAUUACUCACGGCGGGAAGGCAGGGAGGUAAGGAAGAGGGAAAGAAUAGCUGAAUUGGGAGAAAGGAAAACUAUAGUAAAUGGAUGCGAGAUUACUGCGAUGUCGGAUUAAAAAAAAUGGUCUCGUUGUGGUCUUCUAUCAUCAUAACAUCCCGCUGUAUAGGCCUCGGGUGCUACCUUACCUACGGCCGGGAGAGAGAGAAAAGAGGGAAAGAAAGUUAAAGGGAAGAAGAGGAACUGGUACGAGUGACUGUGAUCUCCCCACGUGGAAAAUAUAAUGAGAAAAGUGUGUCUGAGUGAGUAUAUGUCGAUGAGUCAAGGAGGCGUGCACACCUGCCCUGUCGGAAUGGUAAUAAAAGGUUCUCUACGACCCACAACACCUGACCUCCUCCGUCCACCACACCUGCUCACCUGCCAACCUACUACCUGUCUGCCUCCCUGCCGUCUCAAAGUCCAUAUGAUACUAACCUGAGAGAUCUCCGUCCACACUUCUCCACCUGUUGACCCACCUGUCUACCUAGCUACCUGUCAUUCCUGUGUUGCCAUACCUGAGAGAUCUCCUUCCACUCCUUCCUACCUGUCUAUCUUCAUCCUCGUGACAUAACUUGGGAAUCUCCGUCCACACUUCCCUACCUGCCUAUUUACCUACCUAUCGUCCUUACUCUCCGUUCCUACAUCCUUAUCGACCAUUCUACCCUUGUGAUAUAGCUUGUCAAUCUCCGUCCACACUCCCCUACCUCCCUAUGGUCCUUAUUUCCCAUCCCUACGUCCCUGUCCACCUACCUUCUUGUCUCUACCUUCCUGCCGUCCCUGUGAUACUUCCUGUGAUAAUGGGUGACCUACUGAUCCUCCCUCCCUCGCGCCACCACCACCAUGAGACCGCCGGGCUGGCCGUUCAGGGUCACCCGCUGUGGGAGCCUGCACCUGCCGGCAUCGAUGUGGAGCCCCCAGCGGGAGAGAACAUGUCGAUCGUGGUGUCGUCGCUCACCAUCGCGACGCAGAUGGCGUUGUCGCACUUCAUCCGCGGCCGCCUCAGCGAGAUGGUCGAAGGAGAGCUGCUCAAGGGCUGCCUCCUCGAGCUGGUGGCCGCCGCCGAGAUGUGUGGCACCUGCUUCGAGCUCAUCAUCAUCGCUGAUAACUACGGCGUGUACGCGUAUGGCGUGUACCUCUUCCUGAUGACCAUCUGGUGGGGCCAGUCGUGGGGCACGGCUACCGCCUGUCCCUACAACCUGCUGGAGGAGUACGUGGAGACGGGAUCCAACCCCGUCCACGUGGUGCUCAAGAUCGUGGCGCAAGUGAUCGGCGGCAUCGCCUCCUUCAGGUGGGUGAAGCGGCUGUGGAUGCUGGAGGUGGCGGCGACACACGUAGGGCGCGGCGUGGAUGACUGCACCGCCGACCUGCAGGUGCCGGUCAUCGUGGGCUUCUUCAUCGAGGCGCUGCUCACCUGUGCCUGUAGACUCUUCUCCAGAGUUCUUGGGGAAUUCGAGCCUAAGUUUGCCUCCGCCAUCGACUCCUUCUUUGCCACCUCCAUGGUGAUCCUCGCUUUCGACUACUCUGGCGGCUACUUCAACCCCGUGCUGGCGACGGGCCUCAAGUGGAGCUGCCGCGGCCACACCAACGCCGAGCACAUCGUGGUGUACUGGGCCGGCUCCAUCCUGGGCGCCAUGCUGUCCCUGCGGGUGUGGACCAUUCCCUCACUCAAGAACACCAUCCUCGCGCCGUUCAAGCCCAAGCUGGAAUGAUCGACUCAGAAAGAAGAGAGAGUUUCCAGAACCUUACCUUCGAGCAGUAUCAUGACAAAUAUUUUCUCAGUCAGGAAAUGGAUAUCACGCCAUUUCGCGACCCUUGAACCCCCCGCAUGUUCAGGUACAACCCUCUUCUGCCUGACCCUCCUUGGUGCCGUGCCUGCUCGGGGCCACUGCCACACACCGAUAACCAAGUAAGAGCGGCAGUCACUCAAGCCGCGUCUACAGUCCUCGUGUACAAUGUUUUAAUACUCAACAGUGAAACGAAACCGAACGCAUCGUCUUCGCACAUCUUACUUCGAAGUUAGUUUUAAUAAUGGUUUUAUAUUCUCCAAAAACAGCGUUGUGCUUCAGUCGCUAGUCUGCCGCCCCUCCUUUGUUUACCUUCUUAGUAGAGUAAUAUGUAUUCCUAGGAGACUUAAGUAACUUAUCUCAGUGUGUAGUCAGUGUUAUCACAGCACAAAGAGAAGAAAACAGUGAGGGGCAGCGAUGCGGGGCCAUUGAGACGUCCAGCGACCAAACUCAUCAAUCUCAGUGUGUACAUACUCAGCAUUAUUACCGCACAAAGGGAAGAAGACGGGGAUAGAGAGAGCUACGGAGCAAGUGUGACGUCUAUUAUAGUGGCCGGUCAACGCAACCCCGUAAAGAUCUAAGGGUGUUCCCCGCGGCGCGAACAGUACAUAAAAGGGGAAGAAAAGAAACAAAAAGUAAUCGUGAUGGUGCAAGAUUGAUCUCCAGCUGCCAUCCAACACAGCCUCACGAAGACCUAAGGCUACUGAGGGUUUCAUAUGGUUGUCCCCCGCGGCGUGAACACAACAAAAAACGGAAGUCACCCGCCGGUUUUUAUCUCUCCUUAGGGCUGCAGCUAGGCGAAUGUAUGACUGGAACACACACACACACACACAUACACACAUAAUCAUCUUACACGGCCGCGAGUGUUUCACAAUAUGCUAGAAAAAAUACACACACACACACAACUUUCUUUUAUAACUUCGUGUGUGUGUGUGUGUGUGUGUGUGUGUGUGUGUGUGUGUGUGUGUGUGUGUGUGUGUGAGAGAGAGAGAGUCAUUUUGGUAUAGUUUAGUUCACCCUUGCUCAAUUAUCCUGUCUUUUACCCUAACCACAGAAACCGAUAUUAAUCCAGUGCUUCCUUCUGUGCCUUGAGUAUUGAAAGCACGAAAGUUAUUUGCACCGUUGAUAAAAAAAAGAGGUUGUUUUUAGUUUUAGGAAUAUUUAUUUUUAAUUCAUCCCGUUACAUGUGGUUGUUAAAUAUAUAUAAGAUUUAAGUGCAUUGAGAUAUUACGAUACCCGUUAAAAGCUAUUACCCAGUUAUAUGUUCGAAAGAUAUAAGAAAAAAAUGUAAAAAAGAUAUAUACUUGUACAUACAUAAUUAACGAUGCAGUUGACGAUUUUAAACGAAAUAAAACCUGUAAUAAAGACUUUAAAAAGCAAUAUAAA